UAUUUUCUAGCAAAGUUGAAUUUGUACGAGCCGUUUUUAUACUGUAGGUGGCAAAUUUAUUGCUUAAUGGAAAUAUCACUUGACAUGCAUCAAACCUGAGCACGCUGAGUAUAACCGAAAUAUUUUUUGAUCGUGACAAAUAUUGCUUUACGUUAUCGGCAAAUAAUAAGAAAAACAAUUAGGUUCUUCACAAGGUGUCGAAAGUGUCGUAUGUCGUAAGGCUUUUAACGGCUAUGUAAAUAAAUAUUUAGAGGACUUGAAACCACAACCAACUAUUUUUUUAACGGUGUGAAAUUUGAUAAUACAACUUUUAUGGUAGCAUGCGAAUCCCUUAAAUAUAGUGUUAAUCGUUUCGAGUUUAUGACAUAUGUAAAACAAUACGACAGUAUACAACACCUUGUGAGCUCUGUAAUAUAUUUAAUAUAUUCAAAUUCACUACAGCAACGCUAGCAAUUUUUACCCCUGUCGUUACGAAACGAAGUCACUGUGCAGCGCGCGCAUUUCUAUCGUCUCCCUCAUAUCCACACCCAUUUUCGAGAGCACUCUCCCAAGAAUACUCUCUCCACUCUGCUAGAACAAAUGACGACUAGCUUUGCUGAUUUGUCGCUUUCUCUCCUUAUCGAAUUUUGACAUUUCCCCAGUCAAAAGCGCCACUGCAAAGUGGAUGCAUUAUAAAAUUUCUUCUACCUUCUGGCGUGGUGUAGUACUAAUUAAAUAGCUUUCUUUAUUUUGGGACCAAAAACUGCCUAGCGCGAAGCGGUUAGGGUCCAAAAAGCGGUAGUAGCGAAAAACCUCAACCGGUAGAAAAAAUUCAACAACUGCAGCGGCAGCAUCUGCUUCUCAUUUAUAGGAAAUCGAUAUAAUGUCUGCAAGUGCGAAGGGCGUCAUCUGUAUGUCGAGUCUUGAACUUCGGCCGGAACAUCGACUAUAUUCGCGUCUCAGUGUACUUCACGAUUUUUACUGCAGCCAGUUUGGUGAGGAACCGGAAUUUUAUGUUCGUAUGCCUGGACGCGUUAAUAUAAUCGGCGAGCAUGUGGACUACUGCGGUUACCCAGUUUUGCCUAUGGCCAUUGAUCAGUGCAUUCUGCUCGCAGUCGGCCAAAAUGCGGAAAAUACAUUUCUACAAAUACGAAACGUCGAAGCAACGUACUACGAGAACUUCAAAUGUGAUUUGAAUGCCUUAAGCAUUGACUUACCCGCCAAUGGCGGCCCAAAAUGGUACAAUUACUAUCUGUGUGGUGUUAAGGGCAUCUACGACCAAAUUCAACAGCUAAGCGAUGAUAAGCAGCCAUUCAACCCACUCGGCAUGACAAUCGCGCUUAGCGGCAACAUUCCACCAGCCUCGGGCUUGAGUAGCUCGAGCGCGCUAGUUAGUGCCGCUGCAUUGGCCACAGCACAUGUUCAUCAGCUGCCUUUGGAUCGCAGGCACUUGGCCGCCAUAUCGGCGCGCUGCGAACGCUACAUUGGCACACAGGGUGGGGGUAUGGAUCAGGCCAUCGCCUACCUGGCCAAGGCUGGCUGCGCGCAAUUCAUUGAAUUCCAUCCGGAGUUAAAUGCCACACCUGUACAAUUGCCAGCUGGCGUAUGUUUCAUUGUGGCGAACAGCCUAGCGGCGAAAAACAAAGCCGCUUCAUCGGAUUUCAAUGAACGUGUGGUGGAAUGUCGACUGGCUACGCGCAUUGUUGCAAAGCAUGCGAAGUGCAACAACUGGCGCAGAAUGAUUCGCUUUGUGGAAUUGCAAGAGUCGUUACGUUGUACGCUCGCUGAGCUGGAAGAGCUGGUGCGGAAAUUGUUGCCAAAGGAUGUUUACAAGCGGAACGAGUUGUGCGCAGCCGAAUUGGAGGUCAGCGCUGAGGAAUUUGAAAAGGAAUUUCUCACGGCCAAUACGCGGCAUAUGACACAAUUUAAACUACGUCAACGUGCGCUGCAUGUCGUACAGGAGUCCCUGCGUGUGGCGAAAUUUCGUGAAAUAUGCGCGCAAACAAACGGUGAUGGCGACAGCUAUAUCGCAAAUAAGCACUCGCCUCCACACCUCCACAAUGGUGUUAACGGCGUCCAUGGCACAUCGAAUGGCAGCAGUGACAACGAACGCCAAGAAAAUGAUGAUGAUGGGGGCCUAACGGAUUCGACGAAACGCUUCACCGUGCUGUCACAAUUGAUGCGUCAAUCGCAUCAAAGUCUUAAGGAGCUGUACGAGUGUUCACACGUUGAUCUGGAUCGAUUGAUUGCCUUAUCCGAUGAGGCAGGUGUGGGCGCACGGCUCACCGGUGCUGGCUGGGGUGGCUGCAUUGUUGCUUGCUGUGAUUCAGUCGAAGCAUCGGCCAAAUACAUAAAAAUGUUAAAGGAAAAAUAUUUCACACUGCUGCCGCCACAUUUGCUGGAUCGUUACGGGGCUAACGACUUUAAUGAUGUUGUAUUCGCGACAUUUCCCGGCAAUGGCGCGGAAAUCUUCAAAUUUAAGUGCGUGUGAUUGUCAACUGCGCCGGAUUCUGUUGGGAAGAUGAAGCUGCCAAAAUCUUGCUUGAAUAUAUUAAAUAAAUACAUAAAUAAUAACUUGUCUUCAUCAUAUAUCUACCAAAAAUUUGUAACACAAUAGACUUAUAGCAAAUAAAAAGAUUUAUUUAAAGGUAAUGCUAGCAGCUAUUAUUUACUACAAGUGUAAAGCUGUAAAAAAAAAUGGUAGUUGUAGUAGCUAAUUCAACGUUC